UUUCUACCUCAUAUUGAAUAACGAAAUCGAACAAUAUCACACGUUCUAACAAUAACAACAUGGCUUACCUAUCUAUCAACCUUCUUAUGAAAACCUUACAACAGGUGGAAUUUACCCUGAAGAGGCGCUUCGAACGCAUCGUCCUGGAGCUUUUCCUGCCCUCAUUCAUGCUGGUUGCCAUCGGCUAUGCCACCCUUUUCAUCAAGCUCUCCCUCCUGCAGGUGCGUCUGACGGUCAGCCUGACAACGCUACUGGUCCUCUACACGCUCUCGAACCAAAUCAGCAAAUCUCUACCCCCCACGUCAUACAUCAAGCUGAUUGACUGCUGGUUUUUCUAUUGCCUUUUUCUCCUUUUCCUCGUUAUCAUCUUCCACGUCUUUAUCGAACGGCUGGAAGAGACUUCAACUUCAAAGGUGAUUCCACUCUGCGGAAAGAGCAACGACCCAAAGACUCGUCCGAAUAUGUGUAAAACAGAAAGAGUUUUAAACAUAGUUCGGUUAUUUGUUGUUCCGAUCCUUAUCAUUGGCUUCAACGUCGUCCUUUUGGGUGUUAAUAAUCGCAUGGUCUUAAGAAAAAGGUAAAAAACGAGAAAGGCAGUGAAGAAAUGAAUACGACGAUUUUGCUAUUUUCCUUUCUUUCGUUGACAAGAAAAUUAUAUAAUUGAAUCUUUUUUUAUGGUUUAGGUUUUUGACCGUUAGUGAAUUUAGAUCUUAUGGGCAAAGUAAUUUCGUUCUUUUGUAAUCAUAAUUAUAUUAAUUA